UCUUACAAGCUCGAAAUCCGCCUCUCUUUCCUCUUCUUCUUUGCUUGUCGGGAAGAAGAGGAGAACAGAAGCGCAUCGCCAGAUCUCAUUAAGCACACGAAUCACUAUGGUUGCAGAGAAGUUUAAUGUGGACUUGAACAAGCCUCUUGUUUUUCAGGUUGGACAUCUCGGGGAAGGUUACCAAGAAUGGGUUCAUCAGCCUAUUGUCAGCAAGGAAGGUCCACGGCUUUUUGAAAAUGAUAUCAUGGAGUUUUUGACACGCACAAAAUGGUGGAUCAUUCCGCUUGUAUGGCUUCCAGUAGUGAGCUGCUGUUUGGUAAUGGCUAUUCGCAUGGGAAUAUCAAUUACUCAAGCUCCUCUACUAGUCAUGGUUGGAAUGUUAAUAUGGACAUUAGUGGAGUACUCUUUGCAUAGAUUCAUUUUCCACAUGAGUACAAAAAAUUAUUGGUCAAAUACAAUGCAUUAUCUGCUUCAUGGAUGUCAUCAUAAGCACCCAAUGGAUAGCCUGCGCCUUGUUUUUCCCCCUGCUGCAGCUGCUAUUAUAUGCAUUCCAUUUUGGGGUUUAAUUAGGCUUCUAUCAACCCCUGUUGCUACUCCUGCUAUAUUUGCUGGUGGCUUAUUGGGCUAUGUGAUCUAUGAUUGCACUCAUUACUAUCUUCACCAUGGAUCACCAUCCAACCAGCCAGCUCGGUAUCUCAAGCGUUAUCAUGUUAGUCAUCACUUCAGAAUUCAGAAUAAAGGUUUUGGGAUCACUUCUUCACUGUGGGAUUUUGUGUUUGGGACUUUGCCACCUGCUUUGAAAACUAAGAAGAGUAGUUGA